UUAUGGGGAGAAGGCAGGAGAAUGGUGUUAAGAAGUGGAGAGAGAUCAGCCAUGAUUGAAUGGCGGAGUAGACUUGAUGGGCCGAAUGGCCUAAUUCUACUCCUGUCACUUAUGGCCAUAUGACAUUAUGACCUGGUGUUACCUAUUCCAAAUAUCCAUUGGAUUAAAAACAAAAUACUAUGGAUGUUAACGAAAGGUUGUCUCUGUCUCUAGUUGUACAUAUGCACCAUGAGAAUACCUAGCUCUUUAUUUUAUUAUCAGCAUGUUUUUAUUAAUUAGAAUUGCCAACUAGCUUGACUGAUAUUUGGCAGUAUUGCAAAGACUUGUAAUAAUAACGAGCUGCGCUUAAACUAUAAAAAAACAAAAUUGUGCAAUAUGCCCUCAGGUAGUUCCCAAUGUUUCAAAGGUACUGAACUACCCAUCUCCCUAUUGAUCCAUACUGAUGGGUUGACCGGACAAUAUGAUCCCGCAUGAGCUGGCUAGACUGGGCAAUUUGUGCAUUGAUGCCAGCAUUAAAAUUUAAGUCCAAAUGAGGAAUCUCUGGUGAGUGGUGUAAAGCAGAGGGAUCUCGGAGUACAGUGACACAGUUCCUUGAAAGUGGCGUCAUAGAUAAGUAUGGUUGUAAAGAAGGCUUUUGGUAUAUUGCCCUUCAUCAGCCAGGUAUUGAGUAUAGAUGUUAUGACAUCCUGUUACAAUUGUGCAAGACGUUGGUGAGAUCACAUUUGGUGUAUUAUGUUCAGUUUGGUCACCCUGCUAUUGGAAGGAUGUGAUUAAGCUGGAAAGAGUGCAGAGAGGUUUUACAAGGAUGUUGCCAGGACUCGAGGGCCUGAUCUAUAGGGAAAGAUAGGGCAAGCAAUUCUUUGGAGUGCAGAGUGUAAAACUGCAACAAGUAAGACUUUGUGGUGUAUAUGACAAUUAAACAUUAUUUUCUUGUUAUAUUGUCCAUUUAUCAAGGAAGUAUGAAGUAUAGAUAGUUAAUAGGAGGAGCAGCAGGGUUGCAUGAUGGUCAGUCCAUUCCCUCCACAAAUGCUGCUUUUGAUCGAUUGAUUUGAGAGAUGCAGCAGGGUAAAAUGCUUUUCAUCCCACCGAAUCCACGCCAACCAUUGAUCAUUCAUUCUAUGUUAUCCGAGAACAUGCAAACUCCACCCAAACAGCACCCGAGGUCAGGAUGAACCAGGGUCUCUGGCAUUGAGGAAGCAGCUCUACCAAUGAUAGAUAUAAGGUGCUAGAGUGGGCAGGCAACAUCUCUGGGGAAAAUGAAAAGGUGAUAUUUUGGGUCAGGGCCCUUCUUCAGACUGAUACCAGGGAUGAGCUGAAUAAAGAUCGAAAGUGAGCAGGGGCCGGACAAAUCGCAGCUGGCAACAGAUUCCCGGAUACGCAGAUUGUUGGGACAAAGGUGAGAUAUAGCAGGGAAGGGAGAAGGCCUACAGGAUUUCCUGGGGUUUUUCCCGCCCGCAAUCAGUCUGAAGAACUGACCCAAAGGAGGCCCGAGCCAAAAAGGUCAGUGUAGCAAUGGAAAAGGAAGUUUAAAAUGUUAGCAACCGGGAGAUCCAGUAGGCCUUGGCGAGCCAAGCACAAUUGUUCGGCAAAGUGGUUGCCAAGUCUACAAUUGGUCUCACCAAUGUGCAGGAACCCACAUCGGGAACACCAGAUGCAGUAGAUGAGUUUAGAGGAGGUGCACACGGACACUGUUUCACCUGAAAACAUUGCUUUAGACUUUAGAGAUACAGUGUGGAAACAGGCACUUUGGCCCACCAAGUCCACACCGAUCAUUGAUCACCCUGUACACUUGAUCAAUCUGACACAGUAGGGACAAUUUACAGAAGCCAAUUAACCUGUAAACCUGUGCGUCUUUGGAAUGUGGGAAGAAACCGGAGCACCCGGACAAAACCCACUGGGUCACAUGGAGAAUGUACAAACUCCGCACAUACAGCACCCGAGGUCAAAAUCGAACCCGUGUCUCUGGCGUUGUAAGACAGCAACUCUGCCACUGAGCCGACCGCUGGGGUCUCGGGAUGGAGUUGAGGGAGGAUGAAUAAGGACAGGUUGCAGGGCAAAGUACCUGUGGAGGGGGUGGUUUGGGUUGGAAGAGAUGAGUGAACCAAGAAGUUGCAGAGGAAACUCUAAUGUAAUGUCUUCCUUAGGACCUUGUUGUUGUGACUACUAUCUUCGGUGUAAACUCGCAUCUGCCGUACCUUUAUGGUACUUUGCAAGUUCUUCGAACAUUUUGUUGUGUUUUGAUGAAAGAAAAUGUAUUGGCAUCAAGGAAACAAGUUCCACUUCGUUUCCCCCAAGCGCUUUAUUUACAUUUGGAAAGGAGCAAUGUUUGAACAAAUCAAGUGGAAGGUGGGCCUUUCGUUGCAAUGUGCGUGCAGCAGUGAGGUGGCUCUCCAAUAGUAAGCCUGAGGUUUGGGUGGGUGGUGCCGUAUGUCCAACCCCCCCGGACGCCAGGUUGCUGCUGGUAAACACACACUCCCGAUUGACGGCUCGGCAGCUUUUACCAAAGAUCCUAUAGCAGACAUCUUUGGCUUUUACAGGACCGGGACCCAGACUCGGAGGUGCAGAGAGGCAGAUCAUGGCUUCAGCGACCUCGGCGUCAGCCGGCAGCCGUGCGGUGGCCACAGCCGGCCGUUUCCUCUCGUCCAAACGAGCCGCGCCGUGCAGCCCGGGACUCCGCCGGCUCAGCGCGGUGCAAGCGGGCCGGCGCUGCAAACUGCCCGGCGCUCCCUUGCAAGACGUGGACCGCUCGGCGCCGCUGGUCGCUCACCACCAGAUCGCCCGCUCCCUGGUCUACAAAGACGUCAGGAUGUUCCUGAACGAGAUUGGCGCCGACCCCCGGGAAGCCCGCUACUGGCUCACCCAGUUCCAGAACGCCAGCACCAGGCUCUUCGCCGUGGUGGAAGUGGAUGAAGAGAUCUUUUGCUCGAAAGAGAUGGUGUCCAGUCUGGCGUUUGGCUUGGCAUUCCUGCAACGUAUGGACAUGAAGCCUGUUGUUGUAAUCGGAUUAUCAAAUCAGUACAGUGAAGAAACGUCACAUUCAUUUGCGGAAACUAAAUCCUUACUACUGAGGAAUUGCAAGAUCCUGACUGACGCACUGCACAGGAACUCAGCUGUCACCAUGCCGUUUUUUAAUGGCGGGGCCAUGCUCCAUGCAAAGAGGCCUACAUUUCCCAAUAGAUUUGGGAGCGUUGUUUCAGUUGAAGAGCAGCUACUAAGUUGGAGCUUGGAGUCGGGUCACAUUCCUAUCAUCUGCUCUGUGGGAGAGACCUCCGAUGGACAACUGGUGCCUUUAAAUUCCUUGGGUGUCACGGCACACAUUGCAAAGAUCAUGCAGCCUCUGAAAGUGAUGUUUCUGAACAACUCGGGAGGUCUUCGGGACAGUAAUCAAAAGUUUCGUCGUUGUCAAAACGCUGCUUCAAGUGCCAACGUGCGUUUUCAGGGUCGGACUAUCUCUGUUGGUACCAGCUGUGAGGAGAGUCUACAGGUGGUGGGACAGGUCAAUCUUCCAUCUGACCUCGAUCUUCUAUCAAAUACUAACUGGAUUAGUGACAAAGAGGAACAGAAAGCCAAGGUGAUAACCGAUCUGCUCAACCACAUGCCCUUAGAAUCUUCUGCAGUCAUCACAUCAGCCGACACCAUUCUCGCAGAGCUCUUCAGUCAUAAAGGAGCGGGAACUCUUUUCAAAAAUGCAGAACCCAUCCGCAAGUAUACACACCUUGAGGAAAUAGACACAGGCCGUCUAAUGAUGCUCAUAAAUAAAUCUUUCGGGAAAGAGCUAUACGAGGACUACAUGUCAGUAAUAAAGCCCAAGCUACAUUCUGUUUAUUUGUCUGAAGGGUACAGUGCCGCUGCAAUUAUCACCACAGAAGCCGUCUUGAAUGGGAUGCCCUAUCUUGAUAAAUUUGUUGUCAGUACGAGUAAACGGGGCCAAGGGACGAGUCUGAUGUUAUGGGAAUGUAUUCAACAGGACUUUGAGUCACUUUUUUGGAGAUCAAGAGCAACAAACAGAAUCAACCCUUGGUAUUUCAAGCAAUGUGAUGGAAGCUUUACAACUGGACAAUGGAUAGUAUUUUGGUACGGCCUAUCGAAUAUGCGUGAAUCUUACGACUUGGUGGACUAUGCCGAAAAUUUGCCCGAUUCGUUUAUCAAACCAAAGGUGCCUGUAAAUGAGAAAACUUCUUCUCUGACAAAAAACUAAAUUGCUUCACUUAAUGCAUUAUUAUUUUUUUCCAUCUAUGUCCAAAAAAACAAUUGUACUGCAAGGUUAGACAUGCUUCAGUUUAUUGCAAAGAUUAUUGGUUUGAAUCGCUCUUUUUUUACAAGCUUACCUUCAAAUACUAAUUAUGGUAAAAGAGGGGUGACGUCUACUUAAAUUAACCAUGCUUUUGUGAAUAAAACUAAAGCUAAUGAAACCUCCAGUAACAUGAUGGUUUUAAAGCUAACUUCCCUUGUCUGUCACUGGAUUUUAAUAUUUUGUGAUCGAUGGUAACAAAGUAAUUAGUAAGCAUUCUUCAAUUAAAGCUAGAUCAAGUAUAACAGGGAAGCUUAUGACCAAGUUUAUCAAAAACCUGACUAAAUGACUCGGUUAGAUUGCCUUGGGAGACAAUUGAGCAUCUCUUUUGGCAGGAAGAGGGGUCGGGUUGAUUUUGGGAAAGAAUGGACACAAAGUGCAAUCUAUUAGAAGUCAGUUUGGACAUUCCUUGACCAUAUUUUGCUUUCUUAGCAUUAGUGGAUGGAAGUUGUAAGUGAAUAUCAGGAUCAUUGCGGACCUGAUCCCUGAUGAUCAAAUUAUAUAUUUGAUUUGCAAAGUCGCAAUUGGCUUUGUUGAAAAACAGCCAGAUCUGGUUUUGCUGCUCCACCUAAUGUCAGCAUGAUGGAUAUGGUAGACUGGCAGAUCCUGCCUGCAUGAGGGAAGGGGGGGGAUAUAUGCCAUUCACUAAAGAGAUGCCACCUGAGAGGGAUCUCAGAAUGGUCAAAAGAAAUAUCCUUCUUCCGAAGGAACUGCUUCUCAUCCAAGCCCUUGUUUUAUAGAGAAAGUAAAAAGAACAUUGUGAUUAUAUUUUCUAAAUGGAAGGUAGCCAAGCACUAAGCAUGAAUGCAUCAAUUAACUGAAAGAAUUACCCUCAAUUCUAGACCCGUUAUUUACUCGAAAACAGUUUGUGCCAGAUUUUUCUUUCAUUUUUCCAUUUAUCUAGUGAAUGAAAGUUUUCAUCAUUCCUUCCUACAAAAGGGGUCAUACCAGUUUGUGCUUUCUGUAUAUUCUCAACCAGAAGGCAAAUUCUUAUCAACCUAUUGAUGUGCGUGCCUGCCCUGGUACAGACAAGCCAUAAUAGUGUCUGUACAAAUAUUUGAAAGAUUUUUUUUUAAACUAAAAGGCUAGAAUCUAGGCAACUUUAAGCUUUUUGAUUCGGCGAUCAUUGUUUUCCUGAUUAGUAUUUAAUUAUCCUGCAAUCCUCAAAGUCUUAAAUUUUUCAUUGUAACAUAAUGAAAUGUUUUAGUAGCAGAAAUGAAAAUGUCAAAUACUGUACUUCUGAUACCUUCAGGUGACAAUACUUUGAAUUCUGAGCUCUUGAGGGCUUUCAAAUCCUCUGCCUUCUGCAACCUUCAUGGUUGUUGACAAGGAUGAUGUGCAAAGAAAAAGCAAAUUUGUGUUUUGCUUUAAUUCUCUUCUCCAAUUUUUAGGAGAGUCUUUUACAUCUCAAAGAUCACAUCAGUGGAAAUCUUUACUAUGAGAGGGAAACUAUAUUUUAGUAAUCUAUUUAUUAAUGAAACUAUUUGAAUAAUAACAUAGUGUGGUGAUAGGAGUGACUCGGUUUGUAUUUUUAAUUAGUGCAAUGAUGAUCAUAGAUGGGUCCAUUUAUGAGGAUUUGUUUCUGAUGUGGUGUCUAAUUCUGCUUCAGCUGUUCCUCUUUAAACGUUGAUUCAGGCCAUUAAUAUAGCAAAAAUAUGAUGCCACAUAAACCAUGGUGUGCCUUUAUAACUAUUCUUUCAAAAAAGAAAUCAAAUGCUAUUGUACUUCAAUGACAUGAAAUGUUUACGCCUUAAAAUCUUUAUAAAGGGGAUAAGUAUUUUGUGCACAAAUGUACUUUCUGGGCUGUCUCUGGUGGGUACAUGGAAUAAGCUGUCAGGAGAAGUGGUGGAGGCAGGUAUAGUUGCAGUGUCUAAAAGACAGUUAUGGAUAGGACAGUUAUAGGGAUAUAUGGGGCAAAUGGGACUAGCUCAGGAAGGCACUUUGGUCAUCUUGAACGAGUCAGGCCUAUUGGCAUGUUUCCAUGCUGUAUGACUCAGUAACUCUAAUACACAUUCAUAAAGGAUGGUUCCAAUUUAUACAACAUGAGAUGAAUUUGCAAUUAUCCAGCUGUUUUAUAACAUGGCAUAUUUCCUGUGGAUAGAUAGCCACAGGAAAUCUGCUUGGGGAUAGUUACUGUUGAUAGAUGACCCGUGAUGAGCUUGUAAAAAGUGCAAUAAAGAAAAUGUCCCAUUUCUCCAAACUUCAGAGGUGCAAAUGAAAAAUUAUAAUUGUCUGGCACCACACACACGCACACACGCACACACACACACACACACACACACACAUAUAUGGACAGUGAUGCAGCGGUAGAGUUGCUGCCUUACAGCACCAGAGACCGGGGUUCAAUCCUGACUACGGGUGCUGUUGGAGUUUGUACGUUCUUCCCGUGACUGCAUGGGUUGCAUAGUUUAGUGUGGACACGAGAAUUGCAGAUGCUGAUUAAAAAGAGAGAUACAAAGUGCUGGAGUAACUCAGCAGGUCAGGCAGCAUCUCUGGAGAACAUGGAAAGGCAAUGUUUUGGGUGGGUAUUUCAGACUGUGGUAACGGGGGGGACAAAGGUGAGGGGGGAGUUGACUGGACGCAGGCCAGUGAUAAAAAAGAUAAAAUAUGUGGUGAGACGAGAGAAGAGGUGUGAAUUGUGAAGCUAGAGGA